GUCUGGGAGCCAUGGAGCCCACCGCUGGUGAACUGCAGCUCGUGCCCAGGGCAACAAAAGAAGUCCCUGCGCCCGACGCUGCGUGCUGUCGAGUGGCGCUCUCUGCUGCGGUGGCCACCAGCAUCGUCAUCCUCACCCUGGCAGUCCUCGUGGCCUCCCUCUCUACACAGGCUGUCGAUGUGGAGCACACGGCCGAGCUGCAAGGGAUCCGGUACGCCCGCAGCCUGCAGCAGGAGGCCUCCGACUACUACCGCACGCUGACGCCCACCCUGGAAAUGCUGCUGCACUUCCUGCUGCUAGCCCUGCGCUCGCUGGACCGGGGCCUGGAGCGGGAGCUGCUGCAGCAGGGACUCCGGGCGAGGCUGCAGGGCCACGGCAUCCCCCUGGCUGCCCACGGCACCAUCGUGUCCGCCGAGCUCACAGGCAACCAGAAGGGGCCAUUGGCAGAAAGAGACUUGAAAUCAGGACACUGUCCGGGGAAUGCCUUCUCCUGCGGGAACAGCCAGUGUGUGACCAAAGUGAACCCCGAGUGUGAUGACAGCGCGGACUGCUCCGAUGGAUCCGACGAGGCCCACUGUGACUGCGGGUGGCAGCCCGGCUGGAGGACCGCUGGCAGGAUUGUGGGCGGCGUGGAAGCGUCCCCGGGGGAGUUCCCUUGGCAAGUCAGCCUCCGCGAGAACAACGAGCACUUCUGCGGGGCCACCGUCAUCGGGGCCCGGUGGCUGGUGUCCGCUGCCCACUGCUUCAGCGAGUUCCAGGACCCCACCGAGUGGGUGGCCUACGCUGGCACCACCCAGCUCAGCGGCUCCGAGGCCAGCACGGUGCGGGCCCUGAUCAAGCCGGAGAUGCUGCAGAAAGCCACCGUGGAGCUGCUGGACCAGGCCCUGUGUGCCAGCCUGUACGGCAACUCACUCACCGACCGCAUGCUGUGCGCCGGCUACCUGGACGGCAAGGUGGAUUCUUGCCAGGGCGACUCAGGAGGCCCCCUGGUCUGUGAGGAGCCCUCUGGCAGGUUCUUCCUGGCGGGCAUCGUGAGCUGGGGCAUCGGCUGUGCGGAAGCCGGGCGUCCAGGGGUCUACGCCCGAGUGACCCGGCUGCGAGACUGGAUCCUGGGGGCGGUCGCCAUGGCGAGCAAGCCUCUGGCUCCCACGGAGGCUCCUGCCCCUGCCACCCCCAGCACUGUCUGGUCCACCAGCCACAAGAGCCCAGUGGUCAACACCCCCACGAAACCCCCAGCGGCCCCCAGCUCCGCACCUGACUCAGCGACGGCCUCUAAGCCACAAGAGUGCGGCGCCCGACCGGCAAUGGAGAAGCCCACCCGGGUCGUGGGCGGGCUGGGAGCCGCCGCGGGGGAGGUGCCCUGGCAGGUCAGCCUGAAGGAAGGUUCCAGGCACUUCUGCGGAGCAACUGUGGUGGGAGACCGCUGGCUGCUGUCAGCAGCCCACUGCUUCAACCACACAAAGGCGGAGCUGGUGCAGGCCCACCUGGGUACGGCGUCUCUCACGGGCAUCGGCGGGAGCCCGGUGAAGAUGGGGCUCAAACGGACGGUGCUGCACCCCCAGUACAACCCCAGCAUCCUGGAUUUCGAUGUGGCCAUCCUGGAGCUGUCAGGGCCCCUGGUCUUCAACAAAUACAUCCAGCCCGUCUGCCUGCCCCUGGCCAUCCAGAAGUUCCCCGUGGGCCGCAAGUGCAUGAUCUCAGGAUGGGGCAACACGCAGGAGGGAAAUGCUACCAAGCCAGACACUCUGCAGCGAGCUUCCGUGGGCAUCAUAGACCAGAAGGCGUGCAGUGCCCUCUACAACUUCUCGCUCACAGACAGGAUGCUCUGUGCCGGCUUCCUGGAGGGCAAGGUGGACUCCUGCCAGGGUGACUCUGGGGGCCCCCUGGCCUGUGAGGAGACCCCUGGUGUGUUCUAUCUGGCGGGGAUUGUCAGCUGGGGGAUUGGUUGUGCUCAGGCUAAGAAACCCGGCGUGUAUGCUCGCAUCACCAGUCUGAAGGGCUGGAUCCUGGAUAUCAUGUCCUCCUCCCCCCUGCCCACUCCUGCCCCCUCCACUGCUAGGACGCCUGCCACCACCACGCAUGUCCCCAGGACAGUGGCUGCCCUCACAGUCCUGGGGGCCACAGCCAGCACACCCGCCCCCUGGAUCCCCAGCAAGGCAGCCAGCCAACCUGCCAACAGCACCGCCAGUGCCGCGAGCACCACUGCCGGGGGGCAGACACCACUUCCAAACGCCUCGCGGACCACCAAGGACGCCCGGCCACCAGACUGCGGCCUGGCGCCCGUGGCCGCGCUGACCAGGAUCGUAGGCGGCAGCGCCGCCGGCCUCGGGGAGUGGCCGUGGCAGGUGAGCCUGUGGCUGCGGCGCCGGGAGCACCGCUGCGGGGCCGUGCUGGUGGCAGAGAGGUGGCUGCUGUCUGCUGCACACUGCUUUGACGUCUAUGGGGAUCCCAAGCAGUGGGUGGCCUUUCUGGGCACGCCGUUCCUAAGUGGCGCCGAGGGGCAGCUGGAGCGCGUGGCCCGUAUCUACAAGCACCCCUUCUACAACCUCUACACGCUCGACUACGACGUGGCGCUGCUGGAGUUGGCAGGGCCCGUGCACCGGAGCCGCCUGGUGCGGCCCAUCUGCCUACCGGAGCCUGCACCCCGGCCCCCCAAUGGGGCACGCUGCGUCAUCACCGGCUGGGGCUCCGUGCGAGAGGGAGGCUCCAUGGCCCGGCAGCUGCAGAAGGCGGCUGUGCGCCUCCUCAGCGAGCAGGCCUGCCGCCGCUACUACCCCGUGCAGAUCAGCAGCCGCAUGCUGUGUGCCGGCUUCCCGCAGGGCGGCGUGGACAGCUGUUCGGGUGAUGCUGGGGGACCUCUGGCCUGCAGGGAACCCUCUGGCCAGUGGGUGCUAACUGGGGUCACCAGCUGGGGCUAUGGCUGCGGGCGACCUCACUUCCCAGGUGUCUAUACCCGGGUGGCUGCUGUGAGAGGCUGGAUCACACAGAACAUCCAGGAGUGACCACCCAUGGCUGUCCAGGCCUGGGAGGACAAGGCAGUAGGAACCAACCAGCCACCAGUCCGAGAAGGGGGAGUCCAGUCCAGACGGUGGGCCGGGAGUGCUGCGGGCAGUGGGAGUACAGUUUUACUGUAUCUUUUGUUCCAAUAAAAAGCCCCUUGUCC